UUAUCAGUGAUCACUGUGGUCAGGACGCCACCACGCCGACGAUGCCGACCAUGCUAAUCGUCAUGGAGGUCAUGGAUUAAGUUUUGUAAUCACGUGUGAUGUAGUAAGUGAAAUCGGUGAGAUUAUGUUGUCAGCGGUAGAUUUAGUGAAGACUAUUGAAGAUGGUGAAGACGUGCCAGAUUUUUCAGAAAAUUCUGAUGAAGAAGAGGAGUUUCAGCCAAGCAAACAGAAGAGAAAGAAGAAUGUAGAUUUUGAUGUUGGUUUUGAGUUUGUGAGCAGUGUUUCAGAAUAUAAUGCUGAUACAUGGGAUGAUCUAGCUAAGUAUGUCAAGCGUAAAGGAAAGACUAAAGUGGAUGAAAAAAUUCAGAAUGCUAGAAGGAAUUUGAAAAAAGAGAAGCAAGAUGAGAGUCCAGAGACUGGCAAUGAUGAGUCGCUACCAGAAAUUGUUUCUGAUUCAGGAGAAUCAGACGAAGAAAUAUCACUUUCAGAAGAUGAACUGAAGAGAGAUAAUAUUAAAGUGAAGGAGAAGGUGAGGUCAAAGAGAAAUAAGAAGAAACAAAAAGUGGAUAAUAAUGAAGACCAACAGUCAGAGUUCUUUGAAGAUGCACCUCCAUUUGAUGAAAAUGCUUCAUUCUAUCAGAUGAACUUGUCCAGACCUCUAUUAAAGGCAAUUGCAGCUAUGAACUUCAUUCACCCAACACCAAUCCAGGCUGCUACAAUUCCAGUUGCCCUGAUGGGAAGGGAUGUUUCUGGAUGUGCUGCAACUGGCACAGGAAAGACAGCUGCUUACAUGCUUCCCAUUUUGGAACGUCUUCUAUAUAGGCCACUGGAUGACACUGCUGUGACUCGUGUGCUUGUCCUUGUACCCACACGAGAGUUAGGUGUUCAGGUUUAUCAGGUUACUCGUCAGCUUGCCCAGUUUACAAACAUUGAAGCUGGGUUGGCAGUAGGAGGACUGGAUCUGAAGGCACAGGAGUCUGCAUUGCGCAGAAAUCCAGAUAUAGUGAUUGCAACACCAGGCCGGCUGAUUGACCACUUGAAAAAUACGCCAUCUUUCACUCUUGAUAGCAUCGAAGUGCUGGUGCUCGAUGAAGCUGACAGAAUGUUGGAUGAGAAUUUUGCAGAACAGAUGAAGGAGAUAGUGCGCUCCUGUUCAAGGAGUCGGCAGACAUUGCUGUUCUCUGCAACUAUGACAGAGGAGGUAGAGGAUCUAGCUGCUGUUUCUCUCAAGAAACCAGUCAAAGUUUUUGUUGAUAGCAACCGUGUUGUUGCAUUCAAUCUGCGACAAGAAUUUGUUCGAAUUCGAGCAGGCCAUGAAGGUGACCGUGAAGCUGUAUUGGCUGCUCUCGUUUGCCGUACCUUCUGUGACCACACCAUGGUGUUUGUUCAGACCAAGAAACAGGCUCAUCGAAUUCACAUUCUCCUGGGACUACUUGGGCUUAAAGUUGGUGAGUUGCAUGGUAAUAUGUCACAGCCUCAGAGGCUUGAAGCACUGCGAAAAUUUAAGGAUGAAGAGUUGGACGUACUGGUAGCAACAGAUGUAGCUGCUAGAGGCCUUGAUAUACGAGGUGUCAAAACAGUCAUUAACUUUGUGAUGCCUGCAACAGUGGAGCACUACAUUCACAGAGUGGGCCGCACUGCCAGAGCAGGAAGAGUUGGUGUCUCUGUGUCCCUUGCAGGUGAAGGAGAACGAAAGAUUGUGAAAGAUGUUAUUAAGAAGGCUUCAAAUCCUGUAAAGAUGCGCAUUAUUGCCCCAGAUAUAGUGGAAAAAUAUAGGGUCCGUGUGUCUGCAUUAGAAGACAAAGUUAAACACAUUCUGCAGGAGGAAUGGGAGGAGCGUGCAUUGAACCGGGCUGAGAACCAAGCAAACCAUGCUGAAAAGAUUCUAAAGGGCCAGGCAGAGAUACCACGUUCUUGGUUCCAAUCUGACAAGGAAAGAAAGCUGGAAAAGAAAAAUUUGAAGUUAUUAGAUCCAAGUGGUCAAAAAGGGAAGGAAGGUCAAGGCAGUAAUACCAAAGAAGCAAAACAAUCCAAACGUGGUAAAAGAGGUGGAAAGAAUAAAGAUGCGCCUGAGGAGAGGGCAAGGGCAGAAAUCAGUAAAGUUAUAGCACUGAAAGCUCGUCUUGCAAAGAAAAAGGAAAGGCCUCGUAAGAUCAAAGCAGUAAUUGAUCACAAAGUGCAUGGUUCAGGCAAGACAAGUUCAUUGAAGAGGAAGAAGUCAUCUUUUACCAUUGAUUUGACAGAUGUGAGUGAAAAGGGAGCCAAACGAAUGAGAUAUGAUGCCAAUGUUAAGCAGAAGAUGGACAGACUGAAUAAAAAAGUAGCUGUAAAGACAUUUGGCCAACAGAAGACUGGACAAAAGAAAAAUGGAAAAGUUUUCAGCCAAAAGAAGAAAAGUAAUAAAAACAGAUGACUUAUUAUAGUAUUUGACACUCUUACAGUGGUAAAUAUAAGAUUAUGAUCUGCUGGGUUGUGAUGCCAUAUAGUUUAGUAGGUACUAAUUUUUUUGGAGAAACUGCUGCCUAAAUCUUCAGGGCAACAUUGAUGCCUGUCUCUCAAACUGCAUGGCACAUCACAGAAGAGAGUAUCUUGAAUUUUUUAAAUGAGAUUUGUUGUGAUGUAUACAUAUGAUUAAAGAUGAAAAUGCAUAUUCA